GCGAAGGAGGAGAUGAGAAGUGGGGGAAGGAGAAGGGACGGAGGAGAGAGCAAGGGGGAUGACUGCGUGAAAAGGAAAAAAAAAAAACAGCAAAAAACCAAAACAACAAUCAUGACUCACGUGAAUAAUCCUUCGUUCUUUUAUAAAUCAUAAUGGUCUGUUCACCUUGUAUGCCGCAAUAAAUGACGAGCCUCCCCGGUAAGUGUAAACUGGCUUGAGAGAGAUGUCAUCUCCGGGCAUGGGCACCCCCAGUGACCCCCUUUUGGCCAGUCCAGGAGGGAGGUUAUCCACAGCUCAGGAAGGUCUCUGGAGGACCUCACUCUCCAAAACCUCCAGCUUCCCAACGUCCACCACCCGGCACCUCAGUCACCGAGCCAACAACUUCCAAAGACAGCCAAAGCGCAGGAAGCUGAUAGGACCGUCCCCACCUCCCCCGCCCAACACGCCCUGUCCCCUGGACCAGCUGGACCUCAGUGAGCUUCCCCCAAGGCGUACCUUCCAAGAGUUGCUCUUCAACGGCUGCGUCCUGUUUGGUAUUGAAUUCAGCUAUGCCAUGGAAACGGCUUAUGUGACUCCCGUUCUCCUGCAGAUGGGAUUGCCGGAUCAAUUCUACAGCUUGGUUUGGUUUAUUAGCCCCAUUCUGGGAUUCCUCGUUCAGCCUCUCCUCGGAGCGUGGAGUGAUCGUUGUACAUCCAGGUUUGGGCGAAGGAGACCUUUCAUUUUUGCCUUGGCUAUAGGGGCUCUCUUCGGUCUGACCCUGGUGCUGAACGGGCGGGACAUUGGAGGUGCGCUGGCUGACACCGCGUCCAAUCACAAGUGGGGAAUUAUCCUGACGGUGUGUGGCGUGGUCCUGAUGGACUUCAGUGCAGAUUCCGCCGACAACCCCAGCCAUGCCUACAUGAUGGAUGUGUGCAGCCCGGAGGACCAGGAUCGGGGGCUGAACAUCCACGCGCUACUCGCAGGACUAGGAGGGGGAUUUGGCUACAUUGUGGGUGGCAUCAACUGGGACCAGACACAAUUUGGAAGGUCGAUGGGAGGUCAACUGCGAGUCAUAUACAUGUUCACGAGUAUAACUUUGGUGUUCGCCACAGCCAUGACUCUAUUGAGUAUCCCCGAACGGCGCCUACCAAAGAACAAAAACUCCAGCAAAGCUCACCUAAAAAGCCCCAGCCUCCCCCUUCCAUUCUCUCCCCCUGUUCCCCCAGCGGGGGGGCUGGACGAGGAAGACGAGGACGGUCUCUACAGCUACAACUUCUCAAAGUCUCACCCAUACCACUCUGAUUCUCUUGCCCACUCUUGCAGUGCCAAUGCGAGGCUGUGUGCCGGCCUCACCAGCCCCAUAUCGCCCCUGAGCCCCCUCACUCCCAAAUAUGGCAGCUUUAUCAGUCGGGACAGCUCGCUCACGGGCAUCAAUGACUUUGCCUCUUCAUUAGGAACCUCUUAUAUAGACAGUGUGCUCAUAGACUGCUACACGGGUCAGCAGACGCCACAGGGCCCGGCCUCCAACACUGUGCACCUGGCCCCAGGGGACCCCGCUGCUCCUGACCAGUCCACGCAGGGAGCAGAGAGCCACCCACGGUCCCAGGCCGACGCCGCGUCUCAGCCGUCUGGCGUAGCUCAGGGUGCGGACGCGCCGCAGCCCGAGGUGGAAGCCCAAUCUCAGGUCACAGCCGGGGCUCAGCCGGGAGCAGGAUCACACCGGGACUCCUCCGCCGGCAUCCUGAAGCGACCCCAAAGUCUUGCCCUAAUGGAGGAACCCAUCGCAACUCAGAUCGUCGGGCUGGAGAACGGACGCAGGAGAACAGUGACCUUCAGUCAGCAGGUUGCAAACAUUUUGCUGAACGGGGUGCGCUAUGAGAGCGACCUGAGUGAGAACGUGGAGACGGGCGAAUCGCAAUUGUCAAUAAGGCUGCUGUGUGUAGCCAUCUACAGGAUGCCCCCCUCCAUGCGGAGUUUAUGCACUAAUCAUUUCCUGGGCUGGCUGUCUUUUGAAGGCAUGCUGCUUUUCUACACUGACUUCAUGGGGGAGGUUGUGUUUGAAGGAGACCCCAAAGCGCCCCAUGACUCUGAGGCUUACCAGCGGUACAACGCUGGCGUUAGCAUGGGCUGCUGGGGCAUGUGCAUCUAUGCAUUCAGCGCCGCGUUCUACUCAGCCAUAUUGGAGAAACUGGAGGAGCGCUUCUCUCUUCGCACGCUCUAUUUUUUUGCCUACCUGGCGUUUGGUUUGGGAACCGGCCUGGCCACACUAUCCACCAACCUCUACGUGGUCCUCUCUCUGUGCGUCACCUACGGGGUGCUCUUCUCCUCUCUAUGCACGCUGCCUUACUCUCUGCUGUGUGAAUACUACCAGAGCCCUCAGUUUUGUGGGACGUCAGAGGAAGGGACCAGACGAGGGAUGGGGGUGGACAUCUCUCUGCUCAGCUGCCAGUAUUUCCUGGCACAAAUCCUGGUCUCUGUGGCGAUGGGACCUCUGACCUCACUGGUGGGUGGGGCCCAAGGAGUGAUGUACUUUUCGAGCCUGAUGUCUUUCGUGGGCUGCGUGUACUCCUCUCUCUGCGUGGUGUACCAGCUGCCCCCCCCUGAGGGUGAGCCCCCCGAUAGCGAGACCCAGCCACUGUUGGUCCACAUUUAGAAAAGUCUCUUAGUUUGAUUUACCUCACACGCACACACACACACACACACACACACAGAAGCAGUCUCAGCGGGCAUGCGCUCUCACGCUGUUGCUUAGUCUCUGAGUACGUUGACCUUCACACCAGGCGGAGGGACAAAAUCACUGCACAGACGGAUGCGUUUUGUACAGCACAGUUCCAUAGUUUGUUUCACGCCAAUCGGCACCGCUCUGCUAGACAGACAGACAGGCAGACAGACACACAUUGGCCACUGCUCUAAGAGGUGUGUACAUGACUAGUGUGUUCAUAUAGUGUGUUCCAUCCAUUCCUUUCCUAACUUUUGCAAACGAUAGUGUACCCCUUUGAAUGCAGUGUGGGAUAAAUGGAUGUGAGAGAGAGAGUGAGGGACCUCUUUGAGAAUAGGAAAGCCUGAGCUGUUCUUCUGUCUGAUUCUUUGCUGUAAAAUCUUGCAUGAUAUUUUCUUGCUUGUUUGUGUAUAGAAAUGUUGAUCACUACGUACAAGCUAACCACAGCUCCCCUCCUUCUUUUUCUUCCUUUCAUCAGUUGCCUAACGUCUGCAUGAGCUGCGAUGUAAUCUCUCAAAGUCCUUUCUUUCUUUAUUGUUUCGCUCGGCCGUACGGCCAAGGGAAUGUCUACCUGCCUUUUUCUCUGAGUUGGAAUAUUAGCAUCACACCGUAAGCAGGUUUUAUCUGACUAAAGGAAUGUGCUGCCAUUCACAAACUUCAGAUAUUCUAGAAGCUGAACUAAAUCACUAACGGUCUUGUAGAGCUUCACGUAGUUUGCAUUUUAACAGCGAAAAAGCAAUCAUUAUGAGACUUACCGGUGUGGUUGACUCUCAAUCAAGCCCAAAGUAUGCGUGCAACGCAAAUUAAGAUCUUAAUCAGCAGAGAGCCCCGACAAAUAAGAUGCCACACCAGGCAAAUUGUGUGCGUGCCCCUACCAAGCCGCGAGUUGUCACCACUCCCCCCGGCCAUGCCAUUGUAAUAAUGACAGUGAUUCUUGUCAUUGUCAGGAAGAGGCGAAGUUGAAACUGGGGUGUGAAUCUGCAUUCAGUCGGAACCUGAAAAAAACGGAAGAACAGCAAACAGGGAGAAGACUCAUGUGAACAAUGGGUAACCCUGACGGUGGACGACAUUGAAGGAAAAAACUGUGGGGGGGGGGGGGCGUAGAGCCAGCAGCAAGUGCUUUCGGUCAUCUCUAAUGCUUGAGGUAGUAGGCAUCUGCUGCACUCCGCGUGGCCCAUCAACUCAAUGUAGUCAUUAUCUUACUUUUGUUAGCCAGCUUCAUCGGCGGAAUGUUUUUCUUGUACAUCGGUUGUGCCAGAGCAAACAGUAUGCUUCGUUGGCCUCACUGCGUCCGACUCCUGGGCUUCAACAAAAAGGUUAACGCAAGUAUUUAACCUGUUUUAAGCCUACAAUUGUGAUAAGUUUCAUUGACUGGCGCAUACGGAAACCCAGUCUUAAUUGCUCCCUCAGCAGAAUGUCGAUACUUGCCUCCAGGACCGAAUGGAUGCACACCCUGCUAACGUUUAUGAGGAAACAGUAACUGUAUGGGUCAUGCUAUUGAAUCUUGCUUGAGAAAAAAGGUUAUAUGGGACACUAUUGCUCGAUAUUAGCAGCAUUACUGUAAAAGCUACUUUAAUUCAGGGUAGUUGGAACUAAAAGAUCAUUUUGCCACUUUGAA